AUGAACACUUAUUGCAGCGUGCCAGAGAUAGAGGCAGAAGCCCUCGUCCUAGCACUAUCUCUGUUAAAUAUUGAAGAAGUCGAAGGAUCGCGCAAAGGAAAGUUACGGGAGGAUGCCUGCUUGACGGACGAAGAAAUUGCAUUCAACUUUCAGGCAGAAUACUUGAAGGCAUCCUUGGCUGAACUUCAAGACCGUAGAUUUGCACUAAGCUUUGAUGAAGCGCUCGAAAGCGACAGUGCGGCUCUCAAUGUGUUGUCCCGUAUCAACCAAGGGGAGCAAGAUGAUCAUCUUUCUGCUCUUGCCCUUGAAAGAGGCGAUGAGGUACCAAUUCCUACACACUCACAAGAAAUACUUGAAUGGACCAUAUCUUUGUCUGAGUUUGGCUCCACUUUGUCCAGUAAUAAUGAUAUCACGGGUGUAGUUGAGCCAGACCCAGAUGAAAUGGACGACCUCGCCGAAUCACAGUAUCAUAGGGGACAAUUUUCAGCUCGUGACAGGAUGCCAUCUCGGUUAGGCACAUUUUUCAUUUCGCGACCUCGGGUGGAGUGUGUCAUAUGUGGCGAUCUUGUCAGACGUUCGCAAAGUUUCAAUGCUCCGUGCUCUCAUUUUUAUUGUCGAGGUUGCCUUGUUAACCUUGUCGAAGCAUCUACCAGGGACGAAACACUUCACCCUGUGCGAUGCUGCCAGCAGCCUCUUCCCGUUGCGAACUUCCUGCCAUUGCUUUCAUCGGACUUGCGAUCCCAUUUCCAGGAAAAAUCUGCAGAGUUCACAACUACACCGACUUCACGGAUCUACUGUCCCAAUCAGAUUUGCUCCAAAUUUUUAGGUUCAUCUUCUGGCCGCAAGUCUGAGAUCGCCUGUACAAGUUGUGGAACACGUGUGUGCUCCGCAUGCAAGAAUCGAGCCCACUUGCUUGAAGACUGUGCUGAAAAUGCUCAGACAUCAAUGGUCAAAACCCUUGCGUCUCAAAUGGGGUGGCAGACCUGUCCGGGUUGUCAUGCUAUCGUGGAACUUUGCCAGGGGUGUUAUCACAUGACCUGCCGAUGCUCGACGCAGUUUUGUUACUUGUGCGCAGCACUGUGGAAAACUUGCGAUUGCCGGCAAUGGGAUGACCAACGGUUGUUGGAUGACGCUGAAAGACGCGUAUAUAAUGAAUUCGGGGCUCGUGAAGCAGCUGCGCGCCCAGAAAUUUUUGUGGACCGUGUUUACCAGAGGAUGACAGAGUUGGAGGAUAACCACGAGUGCCUCGCGCACCGAUGGGUGUAUAGGCAUGGCGGUGGAUAUUGUGAGGAAUGUUAUGAUAAUUUACGAACUUUUUUGAUGCGUUGCAGACAUUGCCAAGCGUUGGUAUGUAGGCGGUGUUCAGUGAACCGUCUUUGA